CCCCCCCGCCACCGAGCCGCCGUGCAGGUGGGCUGCGCACACACAGGCCUUUCUCCAGUCUCCUGAAGCUUCACCGCCCUGUAGAGGCAGAGCCUGCCCUCGGAGCCCCAGUGUGCGCAUGUGGAGUGCGGUGUGGCGGGGUGGGGGGGUGUCCGGUUGGGAGGAGGAUCCGAUUCCUGUUUCCUGCCCCUACUCACUCAGCCCUGGGAGGUGACUGAGAGUGGAGGGGACUUAAGGGGGAUGACUCCCACAGAACACUCCACUCCUUGGAAACACUCAGAGGAAGAUGUCUGCCCAGUCCCUUCCUGCAGCAACGCCCCCUGACCUGAAGCCCCCUCGGAUUAUUCGUCCAAGGCCUCCUCGUCAGCGGGCUCCCCACUCCCCAGGGCCUCCCCACAAUGGCUCCUCACCACAAGUAUUUCCUCAAACCUCCAAUGAUGCAUCAGCCACCAUGUGCACCCCAAUCUUCUGGGAGCCUCCCUCUUCAUCCCUGAAGCCCCCUGCCCUUGUGCCCCCCUCUGCUUCUAGAGCCAGCCUGGACUCUCAAGCAUCCCCAGAUUCUCCUUCCAGCACCCCAAGUCCAGUGUCCCGGCGCUCUGUCUCUCCAGAACCAGCUCCCUGCUCUCCAGUCCCCCGACCCAAGCCCUCUGGGUCACCCCAUUCACUUCCACCCCAGCUCCCCACCCUGCCCCAGGAUGGCUCUGCCUCUGCCCCUGGUACUGUGCGGAGACUGGCGGGCAAGUUUGAAUGGGGCAGUGAGGGCCGGACCCAGGUUGUGGAUUCCUUGGAGCAGAGUUCCCAAGGGAGUACUGGUGUGAAUGGGGAGAGAGAGGCUCCCCAAGGUAUUCUACCCGGGAAUGCAUCACAGGAGAAUGGUGUUCUGGAUGCUGCCCUGGCCUGCCCACCUUGCUGCCCUUGUGUUUGUCACAUGGCACGGCCUGGUCUGGAGCUCCGAUGGGUGCCUGUGGGGGUUUCUGAGGAAGUCCUCCGGGCACCAGUCAGGGCGUCCCCACUGCGCACGUCCCGCUCUCGCCCUAACCCUUCAAGCCUCAGUGACCCCCCAGUAGUCCUCACGUCCUAUCGCUCCACGGCUGAGCGAAAACUUCUGCCCCCCCUCAAGCCUCCCAAACCUACCCGAGUCAUGCAAGAUGACGGCAUCUCUAGGGAAUCCCCACAGCCUGAUCUUGAUCUACCUUCAGAAGAUGGGAUCCAAACAGGGGACAGUCCUGGUGAAGCUCCUGAGAAUGCUCCUCCUGCAUCCUUAGAAGGAAGGGAAGAGGAGGGGCUAGAGGGGCUGAAGGAACCGAACUGGGAGCUGCCCCUGCAGGAUGAACCUCUAUACCAGACCUACCGAGCAGCUGUGCUAUCAGAGGAACUGUGGGGUGUGGGUGAGGAUGGGAGCCCCCCUCUAGCUAAUCCUGGGGAAGCUCCCACCUUCGCCAGGCUCCCUGGACCUCGAAACACCCUGUGGCAGGAGCUUCCAGCUGUGAGAUCCAGUGGUCUCCUAGAGACACUCAGCCCUCAGGAGAGGCGUAUGCAGGAGAGCCUGUUUGAGGUGGUGACAUCAGAGGCCUCCUACCUGCGCUCUCUGCGGCUACUGACUGACACCUUUGUGUUGAGCCAAGCUCUCCGGGACACACUCACUCCUCGAGACCACCACACACUUUUCUCCAAUGUACAACGAGUCCAGGGUGUCAGUGAGCGAUUUCUAGGAACAUUACUGUCUCGUGUGCGUGCUUCCCCUCAUAUCAGUGACCUGUGUGAUGUGGUGCACUCCCAUGCAGUGGGCCCUUUUUCAGUGUAUGUGGAUUAUGUGCGGAACCAGCAGUAUCAGGAAGAAACCUACAGCCGCCUUAUGGACACAAAUGUGCGCUUCUCUGCUGAGCUGCGUCGGCUGCAGAGCCUCCCCAAGUGCGAGCGGCUCCCACUGCCAUCCUUCCUGCUGCUGCCCUUCCAGCGCAUCACCCGGCUCCGCAUGCUGCUGCAGAAUAUCCUGCACCAGACAGAGGAGGGGUCCAGCCGCCAGGAGAAUGCCCAGAAGGCUCUAGGCGCUGUCAGCAAGAUCAUUGAGCGCUGCAGUGCAGAGGUGGGGCGCAUGAAGCAGACCGAGGAGCUGAUAAGACUCACCCAAAGGCUGCGCUUCCAUAAAGUCAAGGCUCUGCCCCUGGUCUCCUGGUCAAGGCGCCUGGAGUUACAGGGGGAGCUGACAGAGUUAGGGUGUCGGAGGGGGGGUGUGCUCUUCACCUCACGGCCCCGCUUCACCCCACUCUGCCUGUUGCUCUUCAGUGACCUGUUGCUUAUCACUCAGCCUAAGAGCGGGCAGCGGCUGCAGGUUCUGGACUAUGCCCAUCGCUCCCUGGUGCAGGCCCAGCAGGUUCCUGACCCAUCUGGACCACCCACGUUUCGCCUAUCCCUUCUCAGCAACCAUCAGGGCCGCCCUACGCACAGACUACUCCAAGCUGCCUCCCUAUCAGACAUGCAGCGUUGGUUGGGAGCCUUCCCAACCCCAGGGCCCCUUCCCUGUUCCCCAGACACUAUCUAUGAGGACUGUGAGUGUUCCAGAGAACUGUGUUCCGAGCCAUCUACACCUGCCAAAACUGAAGGACGGGCUCUGGAAUCCAGAGCUCCUCCCAAGCACCCGCACAAGAACCCUGAAGGCUGGCUGAAGGGGUUCCCUGGAGCCUUCCCUGCCCAAUUGGUAUGUGAAGUCACAGGGGAACAUGAAAGGAGGAAGCACCUUCGUCGGCACCAGAAACUUCUCGAAGCCAUGGGGUCCUCUUCAAGCACCCCUCCUACCCCUCAACCCUAAUGCACGCUGGGGAGAGGACACAGGUCGGGACGCUGGCAGCAGCACGGAAAACAGAAAGUCUGUCCAUCGUUGGGUUUGCCAUCCGUGGAAAUACUACCUCUAGUGGCAACCAACAGAGCUGGAGCUGCAGCCAGUGAAACAAGGCCAUCGUUGCCCACCGCAGUGAGAAAGAAUGAGGAUGGUGGCGUGAAUGUGUUGCAGGUGGAAACAGAGGCUUAGUGCGGAACGGCCCAUGGGUCCUGAGCUGUCUGAGCCUCUGGUCAGUGAGUACCCCUGUCAUCAUACCAAGAAAGAUGAAGCUGGGUCACUGCAGCUGAGAGAGACCCUCACUGGAGAAAUGGUCCUGUAGACAACAGGGAUGGGCAGGUACCCAUCCAGCCAAAGACGAUGGUGAUUUGGGCCCAGGAGAUCAGUAGUCACCCUGCUGGCCUCUACAGCAGGCCUCUGGUGUUGGCUUUGGAGCCUGGGAAUUACUGGGUUCCAUUCCUGGGGUACUUCCUGUGCCCUCUCAGGCUACUUACAGAAGAAUCCAGAGUGGGUCUCAGAGAAUCUGUGUGAGGUGUGUGUGCAUGCAAAUGCGUCUGUGUGUAUAUGUAGCCCGGAAGACAAUUCUGCUGAACAGUGAUGUGUAUGUGAUGGCUACCGUGACUGAAUGCUCAGUAUCUUCUUUCAUGCCAAUUUUUCCUGUUAUUCUCUUCAAAGAAGACAUUCAGUCUGAGCUCUAAAAGACAAUGUGUUGGGUAUAGCUUGCUCAUUAGAGGCCAAGGCCAGGUCUCUUGGAAGCCAGUGUUACAUGAUGGUUAGAGGAUGGUAUUCUGAAGUGGUCAGGCAACAUGACAGGGGACUGAGAGGCAGAAGAUGGCCAGUAGUGGGGGCUCAAGAUACCCUGAGGCCUAUGGGCCCUUCUUGCCCAAAACCCUGGCCUCCAGAAUGCACGUCUGAGUAUCUUACAACUUGAAUUGUCACCAGUUAUCCAGCCUCAAUCUCGGGCUGUGGAAUAAGCUGGGCCCCAAGUUUGGGUGAAGAAACAGGACCUGUCAUUGUAGGCUGGCUGGUGAGCCUCCUGGGCUUCUUGCCUCCAUCCUCAUCCUCUCAUGGAAACACAAGCCUGAAUGCUGGGUGGAGAACAGGGAGCUGGUGGUCCUACCCAGCCCCACCAGAGUGUCUGCUUUUGAUGAAAACUUGUGCAUGAUGCCAGAGGAGGUGAGAGCCAAGUGACCGUGGAACAGACACCCGCUAGAGUGGAGGCUCAGGCUCGGGACAAGGUCUUCUCUGUACAAGGGUAUCAUACCCUCCCGGCAGCUCAUGCAUGGCAACUUGCCCAGGACAGAAACUGCCAUAAUAACUGUGGGAAGUACAAGGACUCUGGGGACUCAGAACAAGAAGAACAUGAGCAUUUGACAUGUCCAUGACUAUCAAGAUUCAACCCCGCAUAGUGCCUGGCAUAUGGGAGACCCUCAAUAAAUGUUGGUGCCAUUGCA